AUGUCAAAGUUAAUGAAAAAUGGAGAGUACUUCUAUAGAACUCUUUCAGGAAACUCAUUGCCCACAUUGAGAGAGAAAAUGUGUCCAAUAAAGUCAACUGUCAAAAUCAGUGAUAACCCACCUUUAAAAGACUUCAUUGGAUUAAUUGAGAAAUGCGCGACUGAGACAUUCAAAGCCAAAAUUUGCUUAGAAAAGCCCGUAGUGUUGUUUGAUAAUAACAUAAAAGAAAUUACACUAAUAAAUUGUAAAGGAAAACAAACAAAAAAUUUUAAAGGGAAUGAAAUGAAUGGACUUCCACUGAUGUGGUAUGACUCACUUGUUUUAGAAAAGAUUAUAAUGAAAAAGUGUUGA